UCUGCAGCCCGGCUGGAGAGCCUGCCAGUGACCCCAUCCCUCUGUGUUCCUUUAACACAAAGUUCUGAUAGGCGGUUCUGCCUUGCAGCGGGAGGGUGCUCCCUGGCAGGCUUAGGGAGAUGACAGAACUUCCCCUGCUCAGGCCUACUGCUGUCACAGACCCCCAUGAGGGCUCUGCCAUCCUGGCUAAGCUCAGUGGGCCGCCAGGACCAGGCAGGAAUGACCCCCAUCUGCCAUCCAACCCCCAGUGGCAGGAAGAUGAAAACCUCUCACUUUGAACAGUCUGGGGCUUCUUUUAGCAUAAACGAAUUUGCAGUGUGCAGAGGUCAGGCGAUGGCUACAGCAGGUGUUUACCCAAAACAAAAGGAAACCACCUUCCCUGAAGAAAAUGAGGAAGUCAUUCUUUUCUUUAACUCCUACUGGAUCCAGGGCCUCCCCCACACACACACCAGCACAGACCACCCUCCUAGUCUGCCUGCCCUCACCCAGGGGCCUGCACUGCGGAGCUCAGAUCCCCUGUCAGGGUGGGGUCCCUUACGCCCACGAGGGCCCUGCCCACCCCCGUGACCACAGAGGAGCAGGCACAGCAAUGAACGCCCAGCCUGGGUCUCCGUGGCCCCCACACGGGUGGGGUGCCCAUCUGCCCUGGACUGGACCUGCAUGUCCGUGGCCCCCGGACAGGUGGCAGAAGCGGCCCGUCCUGUCUGGCGAGCGUCCUUAACCACUCACCAGCUCUCCUCCGUGCCGCUUCAGGCGCUCCUCUACCUCAGUGGUGCGUGCUGCGCCCUUUAUUUCCCGGCCACGCUGCUGCUCAUGGUGUAUAAAAGUCAGGCUUUCGGCUACCCUCGUAACUACCUGGUCCUGGAUCUGACGCUGCUGUUCCUGAUGGGAGUUCUGGAAGCCGUCCGAUUGUACUUGGGCACCAAGGGUAACCUCAUGGAGGCCGAGGGCCCGCUGGCCGCCAGCCUGGCCCUCACCGCUGGCUGCGCCCUCCUCUCAGCCUACUUCCUGCUCUGGCAGACCCUGGUGCUGUGGGCAGACUCGGCUCUCAGUUCUGCGCUCCUGGCGCUGCAUGGCCUGGAGGCCAUCCUGCAGCUGGCCGCCAUCGCUGCGUUUGUCGGGUAGAGGGCCCCUUCAGCCCCUGAGCUCUCAGCCCGCACCUCCCGGUACUGAACAGGAGGGCGAGAGCUUUCCUCCUGAUCUCCAUGGAUGGCUUGGGUGGGGCAGGAGCCACGGUGGGACAGCUGCUCAGGGCCAGGUGCCGGGCAGCUGCAGGGAGGGCGCAGGGGCCGCCCUGGCCAGCUCUUCAAGAUGAAUCCAGGGAUGUCCGCUCAGGCCUUGUGCGAGGUGACUGGCUUCAGCAGCAUGGCCACCAGUGCCAUCCCUGGGACUAGAGAGAACAAAGCCCUUCUGAAAGGAGACUGCCGGGACUCGCCGGCCGGCGGGUGCCCACAGCUCCUCCCCCCACUCCCGCCG